UAUCUAUUAAUACACAAUAGAAGGAGGGUCGAUAAGAUAAUUUUAAAACGCGUAUAUAAGACGAUUUCUGCAGUUGGUUUUUUAAAACAGAAAAGAUUUUGAGGUACAUCAAUCAAGAUGUUCAUUAGAACUGUGUACUUAACAAUAUUGUUUCAAUUCACUUUUGCGGAGGAAUCAAAACAACCUGAUUUAUCUGAUCAAUUGGCAAUAAAAUGUGGUCCAGUCGGGUGCCAAAGUGACGGGGAAAUACUUUGUGGUAAACUUGCCGACAACUUUAGAAUAUUUGAGGAUGAUUGUGCACGUAGAGCUCAUUAUUGUGAAACAGGAGAAAAUUAUGCAAAAGUUCCACUUGAACGAUGUCCUCCAGAAGCCUACAGCUAUGACUGCCUAGAAGAUGAAGAUUUAUUCUGUGCUACAGCCGAUGACGAAAACUAUGCAGUUUUUAGUAAUUCUUGUGAGUAUGGACGGUUUCUAGCGGUUUUACGGAGAGUAUACUGGACCGUGCCCUUAAAAUAUUGCGUCGGCCUUCCUAAUAUGCCAAUAACGGCUUGUACCAAGAUUGGUGGAUUAUCUGCAGGAAAAGUUUGUGCAUCUAAUGGAGAGAAACAUAAAAUAUUCGAUAAUUUAUUCAGCUUGAACCAGGAGAAAUGUUUCAGUGAUGGAAAUUGGCGAAAGGUGUCUAUGAUUUACUGUUCCGAAUAAUAAUGAAAUCAAUCACAUUUCAGAUUGAUUUAAUAUUCAAACUAAACUUUUCCACGAAAUAGGAAUAUUUCUAUUGACUUAAAUGUGUUGUGUUUAUGGAA